AGGCCUCUUUCCUUGUUGUUACCGGUCAUGUCCAACUCUACCGUUUCUCUAGCGAGUAGCAUCUUCACAUCGCUCUCUGAAGGGGAGCUCGCGAGUAUCUUACGAGCUUAUGUGACUUCGGGACCGGAUGUUGGGAGUCUUCUGGAUUUCGUUAACUCGACCCGUCCUGAUCUCCUCGAGCCUGAAGAUCCUGCCGGCUACAUAAGGUAUUCCAUACUCGUAAUAUUCGCAGUGCUCACAUCUACCACCGUGCUGGCUGUCCUCAUAGUGGUAUUCGGAACGCACAAGAUCCUUCGAUACCCAUUACUGAUUUUCUUCGCUGCCCUUUGUGCUGUGGAGCUGUGUUUAUACGUUCUUGUGAGACAACUGGUUCGCGCUAUGGAGAAGGUUUUUCCAGUUUUCCGAAAGAGUUGGAGAAGUCGAAGACACCAAUUACGACGAUUGACUGAAGCGAAGAACUACGAGGCUUAUAAAGAGGCGGCUCGCGAACUGGAUAAAAGCGUGUCGUGGAUCCAGAAGUGGAAGAAUACGAAUGAUAGUGUCGGAUAUUCAUCGUUGUGCAUCAAGUCACAUGGCGAGGAGCUACGAUGUGCCAAGUCGUUGGAGCAUAAGUUGGCGUUGUUGAGGCAAAUCCUCGUGACGGGAUUCGCGGGCAUUGGAACGGACGAGUAUUUGUUCUCGAAGAGUUUCCUUGGUACAAAGAAAUGCAUCACAGAUUUCUACGAAUCAGUAGUUGAUACUAUUGACGAAGUGACGGCACAUUUGGAGACGGUCACUUCGAGGAAGAAUGACUCGAUAGAAAAGCAUCUUUUCUCGGAGUUUCUAAACGAUAUUAUGCUAACCUUUGGUCAGCCUGCUUUGUGUCUUUCUGGUGGAGGAAUGAUGGCGUUGAUGCACUUCGGCAUAGUGGAGACUAUGAUAGAACAAGGGUGUCUUCCGAAAGUUAUCUGUGGUACCAGUGGAGGCUCUGUAGUGGCAUCAUAUUUGUGUACUCACACUGAUGAUGAGUUACCAAGGAUCGUGAAGCCGGAAGUAGUUCAACCGAAAUGGAGUCCCUGUGGUGACAGUUGGUGGACUUGUAUUAAGAGGUUCUUACGUACUGGAUAUAUGUUCGACCCCUUGCCUUGGCACAAUCUUCUCGCUGAUUUGCUGGGAGGCCUUCCAAAGAACGAACAGGGUGUUGGUGCUUACUUGCAGUAA